CCUUUGGGAACGGAACCCUAAAAAUUAUGAAGAUCAACAUUGACUAAAUAACGUACCGUAAGUCGUAACGAGUUGCGGUUACCGUCAGUUAUAAAUCAGCUCUGGCUUAGUAAUAUAGUGUUAGUUUAAACAAUAACAGUACCAAACAAUAAUCGUGAAAAAAAUAAUUGUGAAAUAUUACUCAAGAGACAAGAGUGAACUGUGAGUUUGUAUUCUGUGACUGUGAGUCACCAUAUACCAGACAGGAGCAACAAUUAUCUAUUCCGUCGCAGGAGCAAAAUCGAAUGAACUCAUGCUCGACCGAUUUUAUUUUUGAAUUUAGAAGGCCAAUUCAAGAUGAGGACGCUCAUACUAUUGUUUCUUUGUACGAUAUCGAUGGCUUUUGGCUACCGACUGUUGGCCGUCCAGACUGCUCCCUCCAAGAGUCACUACAACCUCCUGGUGGGGCUGGUGAAACCGCUACUUGAAGCAGGACAUGAGAUAACGUUUGCUGCAAUAUUUCCGGACAAGAAACCUUUAAAAAAUCUACGAGUUAUCGACCUAAGUGAGGUUCAGAAGGCCAUUGAACACGUAAACGCCUUGGACCAAGAUAAGGUAUCGUUUUCCCGAAUGAAUGAGUUAAUGUCGAAUAUAUCCCACUUGGUGCUGAAUCAUCCGGAGGUGCAGCAUGUCAUGAGGGAGGAGACCUUCGACGCCGUCAUCACAGAGUGGCUGUUCCGUGACGUAGAGGCUGGAUACGCAGCUGCGCUACAAGUCCCAUGGAUACUCUUACACGGCAUGGAGAUGUCUCCCCACAUGGAGAACCUGGUGGACACGGUGCGCCACGUCCCCACCAUCCCCCUCGUGCUCAACGACGCCCCCAUCCCCAUGAACCUGCCGCAGAGACUGAUGAAUACGGCGUGGCAUUUGCUGAUGAGCUUCGGUUUUUAUAAGGACUUUUCAUCGAACGAGGCCGAAUACCAUGCGAUGUUCGGUCCGAUAGCCGAGGCUCGCGGGCACCAGCUCCCGCCCUACUGGGACGCGAUACGCGACGUGUCGGUCCUCUUCCUCAACUCACAUCCGUCCUUUACCGCGGCCCGCAGUCUGCCGCCUAAUGCUGUCGAGAUCGGGGGUUAUCAUAUUGACGAAAAUGUUCCACCACUGCCAAAGGAUUUGCAAGUAUUACUGGACUCUUCCAAAAAUGGAGUGAUCUACUUCAGCAUGGGGUCCGUCAUCAAAGCCAAGAAUCUUCCUGAAAAUUUGAGAAACGAAUUGAUAAAGAUGUUCGCGGAGCUGCCCUACACCGUGCUCUGGAAAUUCGAAACUGAACUGAAGGACCUGCCGAAGAACCUCCACGUCAGACCCUGGAUGCCUCAACCGAGUAUUUUAACUCAUCCAAACGUGAAGGUCUUUAUUACUCACGGAGGUGGCCUCAGCACCAUCGAAUCUCUUUACUACGGGAAACCGAUCCUGGCUGUACCGGUGUUCGGAGACCAGCCCGCCAACGCCGAGCAGGCCGUGCGGGCCGGCAGAGCCCUCAAAGUGCCGUACUCAAUAAACAUGGUUGGAGACCUCAAACUGGCUUUGAAGGAAAUGCUCAGCAACGACAGCUACUACCAGCGAGCACAGUUCCUGUCGAGUCUAUUCCACAAGCGGCCGGUGCCGCCGAAGCAGCUCGUCACCAGCUAUGUGGAACUCGCCAUUGAGAGCAAAGGUGCUCACCACCUGCGCUCCAAGACGCUCCUGUACAAGUGGUACGAGAUCUGGAUGCUGGACCAGGCGGCCGUACUGCUGGCGGUGCUGUACAUCCUCUAUAGAGUCAUCAAGAAGAUAGUGUGUCUGAUAAAAGGAAUGUUCUCGAGAACGAAAAAAGUUAAAAAACAAUGACAAACUUAGGUAAGGGAUUGUAAAUAAAUAUUUUAUAUGAAA